GCCGCUGGUCAGCCGGCCCGCAACCCGGCCGCCUUUCCCCGGGACCGCAGGAUGGACCUGCGCCCCCCAGAGCCCGGGGAGCUGAGCAGCGGGGAGGCCGAGGAGCUGCAGCAGAUCCAACAGCACCGGAAGCAGCUGCUGGAGGACAUCCAGAAGCUGAAGGAGGAGAUCGCAGAUGUGUUCGCCCAGAUCGACUGCUUCGAGAGCACUCAGGAGAGUCGGACGGCCCAGAAGGAAAAGGAGCUGUGCGUCGGGCGCAAGAAGUUCAACAUGGACCCCACAAAGGGCAUCCAGUAUCUCAUCGAGCACCAGCUGCUGACUCCCGACGCCCAGGACAUUGCCCAGUUCCUGUACAAGGGUGAAGGCCUCAACAAGACCGCCAUUGGCACCUACCUGGGGGAGAGGGACCCUGUGAACCUGCAGGUGCUGCAGGCCUUCGUGGACCACCAUGAGUUCGCCAACCUCAACCUGGUCCAGGCCCUCAGGCAGUUCCUGUGGAGCUUCCGGCUGCCGGGAGAGGCCCAGAAGAUCGACCGCAUGAUGGAGGCCUUCGCAGCUCGCUACUGCCUGUGCAACCCGGGCGUCUUCCGGUCCACAGACACCUGCUACGUGCUGAGCUUCUCGGUUAUCAUGCUCAACACCAGCCUGCACAACCCCAACGUCCGGGACAGGCCGCCCUUCGAGCGCUUCGUGUCCAUGAAUCGCGGCAUCAACGAGGGCAGCGACCUGCCCGAGGAGCAGCUGCGGAACCUCUUCGACAGCAUCAAGAGAGAGCCCUUCUCCAUCCCUGAGGACGACGGGAGCGACCUCACCCACACCUUCUUCAACCCUGACCGCGAGGGCUGGCUGCUUAAGCUGGGAGGCCGAGUGAAGACGUGGAAACGACGCUGGUUCAUUCUGACUGACAACUGCCUCUACUACUUCGAGUUCACCACAGACAAGGAGCCGCGGGGCAUCAUCCCACUGGAGAACCUCUCUGUGCAGAAAGUGGAGGACCCCAAGAAGCCAUUCUGCCUGGAGCUCUACAACCCUGGCUGCCGCGGCCAGAAAAUCAAGGCCUGUAAGACGGACGGGGACGGCAAGGUGGUGGAGGGCAAGCACCAGUCCUACCGCAUCUCCGCCUCCAGCGCCCUCGAGCGGGAUCAGUGGAUCGAGGCCAUUCGCGCCAGCAUCACCCGCGUCCCCUUCUACCACCUGCUCUCUGCCCGCAAGAAGAAGAUCGCCAGCCAGCAGUGACUUCCCUGGACCACCCUGAGCCCCGGGGCGCGGGCCCGCGGGACCGGAAGCUCCCGGAGCCCCUCCUCCUCUCCCCCUGCACUGUCCCCUGGCCACAGACCCGGAAGCGGAGCGGACUCUGGGGGAGGUAGAGUCCAGGAGGAAGGACAGGAGCCGGGGGAGCUCUGGGCACGCACCUGUGGCUGCCAGCAGGAGUCAGAGAGGCCCUGGGCCUGGGCCAGGGUGGUGGUGAGCCAGGGGGCCCCGGAGGCCCUCCUCACCCCAACUUCCCAGGGCAGGAAGGCCGAGGGGUUGCCGGGGCUCCACCCACCUCUGGCCUGGCGCCUCCUGCUGCCCCGAUGUCUGUGCCAGCCCCCCAUCUUCUCAGCUAGGCUGCGCCCUGGACAGUACUCACUUAGCUGGGACCGACAGGCCCGUCCUGACCUGCUGUGGGCCCGCCGCGCCCCGUCCCUGCCGACCGCAGCGUUUGGGUGGGAAGCGCCUCGGCCCCACCAGCCCUGCGGCCCUGCUUCCAGCCCACUGAGCGGCCCUGGAGUCCGCUGGCUUG